GUCAGGUCAUGGCCAUGUGCCAACAGAGCGGGGGGAUGCCUUUUCUCCCUGGUAUUUUCCCGUUCGCUCUUCUAGGCGCGGGAACCAUGCCCCUACAAGCUCCGAUGGAGGUGACGUCGUUCCAGACGCCGGUGCCGCAGCCAUCACCUUUCCAGACCCAGCUGGUCAACACCAUGGCCCCUGUCAACUUGGCCGGCGCACUUAACGCUGCAGGGCCGUCGCGUCCCCCGCAAGGCGAGGUGCGGGAGGCCGAGCCUGCCCGCACCCGGCGCUACCGGUCUAACCGGCAAGAGCCAGCUAGGACGAGGGCCUCUCGUCAAGAAGAGGAGGCAGAGAGCCAGCCCAGGUUACCGGUGGCGAACCGGUUGACCAUCCCAAAUGACCGCGUCCAGCAGAUGGAGGCAAAAUUGGAAAGGCUGGAAAAGAAGGUCGGGGAGAAGAAUGACCGGGACAAACCCUUGGCGGGGUCCCCGUUCACCACAAGGGUCCAUCUGACACCUUUCCCGCGAAAGGUCAAGAUUGACGCCCCUAGGUUCACCGGGAAGGAAGAUCCGGAAAUCCAUCUGGAUUCCUUCAACCAGAGUGCGACCAUGAACGGUUGCACCGAUGAAGAAAAGUGCCUUCUUUUCUUCCAGACCUUGCGGAACCGAGCCACUGAAUGGUUCAAUAAGCUUCGCCCGGGAAGCAUUGAUUCGUUCAGUGAUUUGGCCUCAAAAUUCAAGGCCAAGUUCCAGGAGAAUUGUACUAAGAGGAAGAAAUUCACCUAUCUUAGUACAGCCGGGCAGAGGGAGUCUGAGAACCUUACUCAGUUCCUUACCCGGUGGAAGGAAGAGAAACGGCUGGGAGAGGCAGGAAACAAGUGGCUGGAAGAGCUCCCACACAUCGUAUGGGCAUUCCGAGUAACACCCAGGAGGGCUCACGGGGAAACUCCAUUCUCCCUAACCUAUGGGUGUGAAGCAAGGCUGCCCAUCGAAGCUGAAUUCCCAACGUUCCGGGAAUCAAAUUAUCAACCCCAACAAAAUGAAGAAGACCACUUGGCCGAGCUCAACUUGGUCGAAGAACGAAGAAUGGCCGCGGAAGUUAAAAUGAGUACGUACCAACAAGUUGUGAAAAAGUACCAUGACAACAAGGUUGGGCCGCAGUACUUCCAAGUUGGAGAUGAAGUCCUACGAAGAAGAGAAGCAAGUAGACCCGGUGACGGAGGAAAGCUAGCAAAAAACUGGGAAGGCCCAUACAGGGUUAGAGCCAUCAUUCAACCAGGAACAUACCGGUUGGAAACUUUAGAUGGUGUACCGAUAGAAAGAACUUAGAAUUCCCACCAUCUUCGCAAGUUCUACAAAUGAUUGUAAUACUAGGCGAGGCCUAACUACAUUAUCAAUCAAAGUAAUGUUCAAUA